CCAACUGCAGCAAAAAUAUCAGAGAAGAAGAACACCACGUAACGUAAGGGCGCAGAGGCAGGCGCGGUGAAUUGUGGUCCCCGCCGCCGCUGGCUGAACAGAAACAGAAAGCAUCCUCCAGCUCCUGCAGCUCCUCAGCAGAGCAGCACGUCGGUCUGAGUGAACACGACACUAACAGCUCGCUUUCUGGUGAUCUGCAGCACCCAUCAGAGCAGCCAUGUCAUCGACAUCCCAAAAGCAUAAAGACUUUGUGGCCGAGCCCAUGGGUGAGAAGCCCGUGAUGGCUCUGGCAGGCAUCGGAGAGGCCCUUGGCAGUAGACUGGAGAAGAAAGGUUUUGACAAGGCGUAUGUUGUCCUCGGGCAGUUUCUAGUGCUUAAGAAAGAUGAGGAGCUUUUCCGGGAUUGGCUGAAGGACACUUGCCAGGCAAAUUCCAAACAACAAAAUGACUGCUACGGCUGUCUGAAAGAAUGGUGUGACGCCUUCCUAUAAACUACUCAAUCACUGUUUUCUACUACUCAACUUCAAACUCAACAUUACCUCUUUCAUGGUCUCAAUUUAAUCCAGAUGCACAGCACAUAUGAAGGGACACUACACACUUAAUGGAAGUGUUUGUUUUUAAAUUCUACUGAAAGCUGUUGGUGUAUUUCUGAAAUCCCACAACCCCCUAAAGUAACACACACAUGCCCUUCUCAUGGUCUUUGUCGUGUAGCACUAUAGUAGAAAACCUGCACACUGUUUUUAAAGCCAUUGGAAAGUUCAAAGCUGUCAUCUAAAAAAACAAAAACAAAAAAAAAACCACGUUUCACAGUUUGAUAUGUUAAUCCACCAAAGUUUAAAAGAUUUCAUGAGGAGGUGGAUUGUUAGCUUGAAGUGCUUUGAAUCGGAUGUGACCCAAAUUAUAACCCAAAAAAUGCAAAUGACAGUUCUCUAUGCAUAGAUACUAAAUAAUAGUACAAACAUUUAACAGUUUAUCCUGCAACGAGUGGAGCAAAAUGGCCAGACUCCCUUGUGGGGUCUGCUAAAAGCUUGUUUCACCCUGUAGAUUGAAAUGUGUAUAAAUAAAGAUGUCAAUGGCCAAACUCA